CAGGAGGUGAUCAAGAGCGGAGGGGACUGCCGGGUGAUGCCUUCAGGACCGGGUCCUCCUACCCUUGUUAUAUUCAGACAAAGAUGUCAGCCUCAUCUCUUCCCCCAGCAACACCUCCAUCUCAGAAGCCUCCUAGAGUCAUUCGUCCCCACCCUCCUUCAAGACUCCGGACUAAUCCACCUUCAGGGUCAUUCUUCAAUGGGUCCUCUAGCCAGGCAGUAGCCACUCCCCCUACUUCUCAUGAUCCAUUAAUCUUAACCUCAUUCUUCCCACUGUGUGACUCUCUCCCCACCUCUACCAAGUCCCUAAUUCUUCCAUCCACACCAUCCCCCAAAUCUAGCUCCCUUUCUUUGGUUCCACCAGACUCUUCUUCCAGCUCCCCAAGUCCCCAGGCCCUGCGCCAUGGUCUCCCUAAGCUCCUUCCCCCAUUCCCAGCUCCCCGGAUCAAUUCCCCUGAACCUAUCAGUCCCUCUCAGUCAUCAUCUCCCAAAUUUCUGUCCCUGCCCCAUCACCCCUCAGAAUCUGGCACUGUCCGGAGACUAGCUGGGAGGUUUGAGGCAGGGUCCACAGGAGGGGCCCAAGUUGUGGAAGCCCCAGUUCCCUGUGUCCAGGGUGGAGUGGAUGAGAAUGGAGAGAAAGAAGACCAUCAUGAUAUUCUGGCAGGGAGUGGGCCCCAGGAGAAGGCAUGUCUGGAUACUCCUUUGUCCUGCCCGCCUCGUUGUCCCUGUCUCUGUCAUUUGGCACAUCCUGGAAUGGAACUUAAGUGGGUAUCUGCAGGGGACAGUGAGGAAGUCCCCCGUGCUCCUCACUGUCCCACCCGCUCUCUCUCCAGCCCCUCAAGUAACAAGAACACUUCUGUCAUUCUUACAUCCUAUCGAUCCACAGUGGAGCACAAACUUCUUCCCCCACUCACACCUCCCAAACCAGCUUGGGUCAAGAAGGAGGCCACCUGCUCUGAGCAUCCUCCAGAGACAGACCCCAACCUGCCCUCCAAAGAUGGGACUCACCCAGAGGACAGUCUGGAAGAAUGUCCAAAGACCCCAGUGAGCAGGGACCAAGAGCUAGAGGUUUUGAAUGAGCAGGAUUGGGGCCUGCCUCUGCAGGAUGAGCCCCUGUACCAGACAGCUGUGUUGGCUGAAGAGCUCUGGGGAGUUGGCAAGGAUGGGAAGCUCCUCCCAACAAGCCUUAGAGAACCCUCAGAACCUCGAAAUACAUUGUGGCAGGAGCUCCCUACAGUUCGGGAGAGUGGCCUCUUAAAGACCUUGAGCCCUCAGGAGAGGCGGAUGCAGGAGAGUCUAUUUGAGGUGGUGACAUCAGAGGCCUCCUACCUCCGCUCACUUCAACUACUGAUGGACACCUUUGUGCUAAGUGCUUCACUCCGAGAUACACUGACACCCCGAGACCACCAUACUCUGUUCUCUAAUGUGCAUCGUGUCCAGGGGGUCAGCGAGCGGUUUCUGGGGGUACUACUCUCCCGAGUAAGGAGCUCCCCUCACAUCAGUGACUUGUGUGAUGUGGUGCAUGCCCAUGCUGAGGGCCCCUUCUCCGUGUAUGUGGAUUAUGUGAGGAAUCAGCAGUAUCAGGAGGAGACAUACAGACGCUUGAUGGAGACAAACAUGCGAUUCUCAGCAGAACUGCAUCGGCUACAGAGCCUGCCCCAGUGCCAGAGGCUCCCCCUGCCUUCCUUCCUGCUGCUCCCCUUCCAGCGCAUCACCAGGCUCCGAAUGUUGCUUCAGAACAUUCUUCCUCAGACCGAGGAGGGCUCCAGCCGACGAGAGAAUGCCCAGAAAGCACUGGGGGCCAUAAGCAAGAUUAUUGAGCGAUGCAGUGCUGAAGUUGGGAGAAUGAAGCAGACGGAGGAGCUGAUCCGGCUCAGCCAGAGGUUGCGUUUCCACAAAGUCAAGGCCCUACCUCUGGUCUCCUGGUCCAGGCGUCUGGAGCUGCAAGGAGAGUUGAUGGAGCUGGGGAGUCGGAAGGGCAGGUCUCUCUUCAAUUCUCGCCCCCGACUCACUCCCCUCUGUCUCCUGCUCUUCAGUGACCUACUGCUCAUCACUCAGCCUAAGAGUGGGCAAAGGUUAUUUGUUCUGGAUUACGCCCACCGAUCCCUGGUUCAGGCCCAACCAGUUCCAGACCCUUCUGGUCCCCCGACUUUUCGCCUCUCACUACUCAGCAACCACCAGGGCUGCCCUACCCACCGGCUACUCCAAACCUCUUCUCUGUCUGACAUGCAGCGCUGGCUGGGGGCCUUCCCCACUCAGGGACCCAUUCCUUGUUCUCCAGAUACUAUCUAUGAGGAGUGGGAUUGCCCCCAGGCCCUGAGCAUAAGUUCUCAUGUAACUGUCAAGACAAAGGAUCUGAGCCUGGAGCCUGAGAAUCUUGUCAACAAGCUUCACAAAAGUCCAGAGGCUUGGCUGAAGAGUAUCCAUGGGUCAUAUGCUGCUCAGUUAGCAAGUGAGGUGACUGGUGAGCACACACGUCGGAAAAACCUACAACAGCAGAAGCAGUUAUUGCGAGAGGCUGGGAAGCAGCUGCAUACAACACCCACACUCUCCCUCUCUGGGUGCUAGCAGCAGCAGCCGGCACCAAGGUAGGUCCAUUGUGGAGAGGCUCACAACUCCCUCACUCCUGGAAUAGCCAAUAUGGGACUGACAUUCCUCUGAGAAGCCAAUGAAGAUGCACUCAUCUCAGGCCCCAACCAAUGAAAAUGAUAGUUCUCUGAAUUGGCAACCAAUGGGAGACAGAGACUCGAGUCAUAGGAGCCAAUCAAGAUGGAGAUAUAUGUCUCUUUUAUCUUACAAAAACUGGAAAACAAAGUCUCUUUAUUCCUAAUGCACUUACGGCUUGUGAGGACCCCCCAUUGUCCAAGAAGCCAUUUUCAUUCAGGAACUGGUGUGUAGAACUGGUGUACAGAGUGUUCAGAGAGGACUACAACCUCUGGUGUGAGCCCUUUUCGGGGCUACUCAUCCGCUUUGGGUGUCUACUGGGCACCACAACUUGUGGUUCCAAGAAGCUGUAGCAUACUCAGUAGCCACAUCCCGAUAGACCCUCUGGACAGAUGAGCUGAAUAAAUCAUCCUCUGCAUCAGGGACCAUCACCAGUUGUGCUGACAUUUGUCUUGCCGCUGGACUUCCGUGACUCUGGAAGAGAGAGUGAGUGUGCAAUGCUGUCUCACUUAAAUCCAAUGCACAUUUAAGUCAAGACAUCAUCCCAUGAUGUCACUGGUCCUUUUUAAAGGAAAGACAAACAGCUUACGGCUUAUGGGGACACUGCUGGCCAAGAAGCCAUUUUCCUUCAUGUUCAAACAGCCAGUGGGGAAUAAAAGCGCUAAUAUGGUAACCAGCUGAUGAGAAUGGAACUUCAACCAUUGAGUAAGAACCAUACCCUUACACAGAGCACACACUGUGCCUGGGAUGUCCCCUCCCAUCACUGUGUAUGUGUGUGGAUGUAUCUGUGUAGAGGAGAGACAUGAAUAUGGAGUGAAAACUAAGAAAACCAUGAUGUGUUCACUUUAAAACUCAGGUCGGGGAUCCCAGGGUUGAUUUGCCAAACCAUCUUUGACUAGUUGUCAAAGCCUUCCUCUCUUCCACUAGAUUUUUUUGUCCCCUUUCUCCUCAUUUCUGGAGUACAUCAUAAGUGGGUCUUGGAAGUGAAUGAUGCUAGGGUAGGAGUGUAGGACAGCUCAUGGGAAGGAUAUGAGAGGAGGAGAGUAGGUAUUUGGACUGAGAAAUAGAAGAAAUACAUCCGACUGAAGGUCAGGAGGUUCUGUCACUUAACCAGAUGUGUGACCAUGGACAAGUCAAUUAUCCUUUCUGAGACUGUUUCCUUACUUCAAUCAACAUAAAUUUACUAAGAGUUUCUUAUGUGCCAGGAACUGUG